AUGUGUGAGAAUGGCGUAACCAUAUGUGGUGGAUGUAUAAAACAAUUUUGUGAUAAGCAUUAUCAAGAACACAGACAACAGUUAGCUCUUGAAUUAGACCAUAUUAUCUACGAUCAUGAUAUGUUACGACAACAUUUAUUUGCGAUUCCCUCAACAUUAAAUCAAAAUAAACAAGAUAUUCUUCGUACUAUAGAUGAAUGGCAGGAAGAAACAAUUGAAAAAAUUAAACAAGCUGCAAAUAAUGCAAGAGAAAAAGUACAUCAAUUAGUAUAUGAAAAUGAAAAAAUUAAACAAACUUUUCAGUCAAUUACGAAUGAUAUUCGAGUAAAAAGUUUAUCAAACAUUUAUGCUGAACAAGAUUUGGAACGAUGGAAACAGCAAUUAAAGCAGUACAAUAGUCAAAAUUUCACUAAACCAGUACUAUUCAUCAAAACAAUUAAUACAGAUUGGACGACAUUAAUUAAAGUUGAGAAAGACAAAAGUAACCGAUAUGAGCAGUCGAUCAUUGAAAUCAUUCGUUUAAAAGCAAUUAAACCUCGAGUAGUUAUUGAUAUCGCAGAUGGUUCAUGGAGUGCACUUGGUUCGUCGCCAAAAUUCUUUAUUCAUUAUCGACAUAAUUCAAAAACAAGUCUGUGUUUGAUUACUGAACAAGGUAAACAAAUAUCAAUAUCAUGGGACAACGAACAAUGUAGAGAUCUUUGUUGGUCGACACAUUUAAAUCGUUUUCUCAUACUUACACCACAUAGAAUAUAUACAUUGAAUGAACAAACACAUCGAAUUCAACAGCUAUCAUUAACAACAAAAGAUAUAGAAUAUCGAAGUUGUACAUGUUCAGAUCAAACCAUAUUAAUUACUUACUAUGGUCAUGGGAAACAUAUCGAAGAAUAUAUUAUUGAAGAAAAAGGAGAUUGGAAAUUGUUAAAUCAAUGGCCGAUGAAAGUGAAUGAAUUUGCUCGCCAUAUUCGAUUUUCACACAAUAAUAAAAACAUUGUCGGUUUAAUGAUUUCAGAUACACAAAAUAAUUGGCAUUUUGAACUGCGUAGUCGAACAAUGGAACUUCUUCAGAGUAUUCCAUUAGAUAACAGCCCUUAUUAUCGAUUUGUUCUACCAUGUUUUACUAGCGAAUGGUUAAUAACUCAUAAUCAAGCAAAUAUAUUAAGUAUAAUUGAUCAACAUGCCAAAACAAAACAAACGCUUGAAUUUCAUGAGAAGAUACGUAAUACAGCGUUUGUAGAUCAAUACAAUUGUUUACUGAUUUAUACAUGCAACAAUCAACUGCAAAUUUAUGAUCUAUAA